GACAACUAGACAAGAGUCGUGCGUUGUAGUUGUUGUUACUCGUCGAUGUUGACUUGUGGUGUCGUGCUUCUGGCUUACGUUAAAUAGACUGAAGAAUUGUGUGCAUUUUAUUUUGUUACCGUUGAUUGCAUCUCAAGCCUCAAAAAAAGUUAUUUGUUGUCAAUGGAUAGAACGAUGGAGCAGUCAGUCAGCGAACUGACCAACUUGCUCCGAAAAUGGGAAGAAGAAAUGCCGACCCCCAACUACAAUCCCAUACCGACUUUAAUCAAAUUAUGUGAAUUAUUUGAAGCUGAAUCUAAAAAUUAUCUUAAAAAAGAUCCAGAUCCUUUUGAUGAUCGCCAUCCAUCUCGAAUAGAUCCUACUUGUGUAUUGGGCCAGAUGUAUAAGAUUUUGUUCCGCAAAGAUGCUUUAAUGAAUAAGUUAGUAAUGGAUUAUUUAAAAGAACAUCAUUGGCCAAGACGAACUAAAGAUAAUCACGAUUUAAAUGUUGCUGCAUGUAGACUUAUAAUGAACCUUAUACCUGGUUUAGAAACAACUGUUGUUUUUGAAAGUCCUGCAAAUGAUCAACUUAUUCAAAGGCUAUUCACUUGGGCUGAAAAUCCUAGUGAACCAUUGCAAACUUAUGCAACGGGAUUGUUGGCAUCUUGUAUGGAGUUGACAGAUAUAGCUGCUAAUUUCAAAGAAGAUAAUAAUAGACUUGUCCCAAUUAUAUUGAAUCGUCUACAAUCAUACUAUACUCAGUUUUGUGAAGAAAAUGAAAUCAAUCAAAGCACACAGCCAUGUAAAGACCUAAGUAUUGAUCAGACUAAUGAUGAUACGGAAGCUCCAUCUCCAAAACGAAAAAUGCGGCAUAAACCAACAAGUACUCUUAAUUCAAAUGAAGUUGAUAGCAUUGUUGAAGAUUCUAACAAGAACAUUAAUAUUCGUUUUGAGGACUCGCUUAAAGAAAAUGGCAUUUGUGGUGAUAGUAAUUCUUCUUCUACUGAGUCUAGUGCAAGCAACUGGAUACAAAUCUACCCUCCAACUUUGACUACAAAAUUAGUUUACUGUCUUAAAUAUUUAGUUCCAACUGGAGAAUAUCAAGAGUUUUUAAGCCAUGCCUAUGAAAAAAAUGCACUCAACUUGGUUAUGAAAAUAAUCAACUCUUCAGAAAAGCAAAAUGGUUAUUUAACUUUUGAAGCAUUAAAAUAUCUGGCUGCUCUUCUAUGCCAUAAAAAAUUUGCCACCGAAUUUAUCGGUUCGCAAGGAUUACAAAAAUUACUUCUUAUUCCAAAACCUAGUAUUCCAUCUACUGGUGUUUCAAUUUGCUUUUAUUAUUUGUCAUAUUGUGAAGAAGCAAUGGAAAGGAUUUGCCUUUUACCUGAACAUGUUCUAGUUGAUCUUGUAAAGUAUGCACUAUGGAUGUUAGAGUGUUCUCAUGAUUCUAGUAGAUGUCAUGCAACUAUGUUCUUCAGUUAUAGUUUUCAUUUUAGAGUUAUUCAAGAAAUAUUUGAUAACCAUGAUGGGUUACGUAAGCUCCUUAAUGUGGUUAGUACAUUGCCUAUUCUUUCAUCUGGAGAUUCAGCAUUUAAUUCAUUAUCUGAAGAUGCUGAAUGUUCUGCACGACAAAUUAUUCGUCAUGUUUGUGCUGGAUUAAAGCAUUAUUUUGAAGCCCAUUUACAUAUAAAAGCUCAGCAAAUACGUAGAGCAAAAAUGAGAGAUUCUGGUCUAUUAAUUUCAUCAACAAUGAUUCAUGAUUUUUUCACAGUACCUGGUUAUAAAUCUACAAAAAAAUCUCGUGCUGAAGUCCAAGAAGAAAUUGAACUAUUAUCAAAUGCGGUGUCUCUCAAAAGCCAUUGGACACCAGUUGAUCAAUUACUUAAAUUGGGUGGUUUAAGUUUAUUAUUACAAAUAAUCAGUAUGGCCCAUGAAUGGAAUUUUUCCGGAAGGCAUGAGUGUGAAAUGAUUAAAAAUGCAUUAGAAGUAUUAAAUAUAUGUGCUGUAUUACCUAAAGUUCAAUUGGCAUUAUGUGAAAUACCAUCACCUAAAAUUCCAAUUGAUAGUCAAAAUGAUAUAUCUAUAAUGCAGGAAAAUGAACCACAAGCUGAAAAUGACAAUGUUGGAUUAAAUAUUAUUAUAAAAUCAGCAGAGGGAGAUCUUUUAGAUGCUGAUAUUCAAAAGGCAGCUCUUUCUGUCAUUAUAACUUGUGUUUGUGCUCCAAUACAUAGGGAAGGUGGAAGUAUAGCAUACUAUUCAUCUUAUGGAUCGGCUAAAAAACGUACACCCAAGACUUGUGAUGAUGCUGUGAUUGAAAAAAUUUGGGAUUGUAUUAGAAAUAAUAAUGGAAUUAUGGUUUUACUUACUUUAAUGACUAUUAAAACACCAAUAACUGAUGUUGAUGCUAUACGAGGAUUAGCAAGUCGUGCAUUGGCUGGAUUGGCUCGCAGUGAAUCAGUUCGCCAAAUUAUCAGCAAAUUACCUUUAUUUAACAGUGGCCAAUUACAAAAUUUAAUGAAAAAUCCCGUAUUGCAAGAAAAGCGUCAAGAGCAUGUAACAUUUCAAAAAUAUGCUUUAGAGUUAAUGGAAUUGGUAUCAGGGAAAAAAAAAAAUAAUGGAGCUGAAAUAGAAGCAUCAUUGGCAAAUAUAAAUAGAGCAAACAUUGUUGCACAAACUAAAAUUCAUUUCAAUGAGCAACAAUUGCUUCUUUUAAUGCAUCAACAUUUAGUAGCAAAAGGCUUGUCCACAACAGCAGAAUCAUUAGUACAAGAGGCAAACCUUAAUAUAGCUGAGAAAAAGUCUACACCGUUUACAUACAUUUCCCAUUGCCGUAAUCGGUCAAUUGGAGGAGGAAUAUCCCCAAUAAGUUCUAGACACUCUGUUCAGAACCAAAAAUCCGAAUUAGCUAAUACAUCAAAUGGUCCUUUAGGUGCUGGAUUUAGUGCCAGAGGAAUAAAUUCAACUCCAAUACGUUUGAAUGUCAACAGACGAUCAGAAAUUCGUCCAAAACCAGAGCUAGAACAAGAACUUGAGUCACCUAUGUCUAAAUCAGUUCAUAAAAAAAUUGACCAAGAAAUAACAUCGCUUGCUGAUAAUAAUACUAACUCAAAGGUUAGUUUAGAAUCUAUUGUUACAGAAUACUUAACCAAUCAACAUGCUUCAUGUAAACAUCCAAUGGUUACAUGUCCUCAAUUCAACUUAUUUGUUCCACAUAAAUGUCCUGAUCCUAAACCAAGGAGUUCGAUGUGUACAAACUUUGCUAUGCGAUUUUCUAAAAACAUACAUUCUAGAAAACUAAACCAAAGACUUAUACACAGUCGUUUUUGUCCAACCCGUAUGUUCCACAUGGAUGAUGAAGAAGCAUAUUUCACAUGUUGCGAGUUUUUAAACCAAAAUCGUGUUGCUAUUGGAACAUACAAUGGUGAAAUAAAAAUAUUCAAUUUAUUUACAUCUCAAGAAGAACUAUCAUUUUCAGCCCACGAAUCAUAUAUUAUAGAUUUACAAUGUAGUAAUGAUGAAAGGCUGUUAUUAUCUUCUGCUUCUUGGCGAGCGCCUUUAACAUCUAUUUGGUCUAUAACUGAAGAUGCAAUGCAUCUUAAAUAUUCCUUGGACCAUGAAGAAUUCUGUACUUUUAGCAAUUAUGACCAAACUAAAUUACUUGGAACUAAAGCUGAAAUAGCAACAAUAUAUGAUUUGGAAACUAGUAAAAGAAUAUUAACAUUGGUCCCGAAACAUUCAAAUCAGUACAGUAGAAAUAGAGCAGCAUUUGAUGCUACUAAUGAAUUAGUGUUAUCUGAUGGUGUAUUAUGGGAUGCCAUUGCUGGAAAGGAAAUCCAUAAGUUUGAUAAAUUAAAUCAAUGUGUGAGUGGAAUUUUCCAUCCAAAUGGACUUGAGAUUAUAUCAAAUACAGAAGUCUGGGAUAUGCGCACAUUCCAGUUAUUGCGCACGGUGUCAAGUCUUGAUCAAUGUAAUGUGACAUUCUCCAAAUCUGGUGAAGGAAUGUAUUUAUAUGUUAUUGAUCAAGAAAUUGAAAAUGAUUCUUCUUACCAAACUUCAUUCAAAACUUUAGAUCCUAAUGAUUACUCAAACAUAGCUACUGUUGAUGUUAAAAAAUUCAUAUAUCAUAUGGCAUGCAAUAGUUCUGAUACUCAAAUAGCUAUUGUUGAAAAUCAAGGAAUGUUUGAGAAUAUUGAUGAAUCGAUUGUACGAAUCUAUGAUGUUGGUAGAUCUAGAAACGAAGAUGAAACUGUGGAAGAAGAAGAUGACGAAGAAGUUGAUUCUGAAGGUUCUGGAUCAGAAGAUGAAAACAUAUCUUUGUUUCCAUCAUUAUUGGAAGAUAUGAUAGCUGGAGGAAUAUCUGGCACUGGGAUGAAUGAUAACUUUUCAAGUGGUAGCAGUAGCAAUAGUAAUAGCAGCUUCGAAAGUGUUGGUGAUAGUUCUCGUUCAUUUACUCCGUUAUCUGAUACGAGUAAUGACGCAAGUUAUGAUGCUGGUGGAAAUUCAGAUCCAGAAAACAUAGGUGCUUGAUUAUUAUUAAAUUUAAUAUAUUUUUAUUGUUUUUUUUUUUAAAAAAAAAAGUGAUAUAUGUAAUAAGAAAUAAUAAAAAAUUACUUCUGAAAUACAUAAAAUUUACUAUUACCAAAUUGUUGUAUCCCUGUGCAGUUUUAUAUUUCUGUGAUUGAUAACAAAGUUUUCUAUCUUAUGUAAUAUUGUACCAUUAUAUUUGUAUGCAUGAUAAUAUGAUAAAAGUUUUAAAAAGUACUUUUUGAAGAUUUUCUGAAAGCUUUUUGGGAGUAAUAUUUUUGUUCUUGAUAAAAUAGUUUUUGUACAUAAAUGUCAAUUAUACAGUAAUAUAUCAUAAUAUCUAGUCUUAAUAC